UAUUAAUAGAAUCAGUAAUUAAAUGUCUCUCCUACAGUAAUUGAAUUGUAUGAUAGCAUAAUGAUAAACCAUUUAGUACACAGCCAAAUAUAAAGACAUCUGUCCCAUUAGACCCAUGCUCAUAAAUGAAAUCUCUGAGCCAGAGUUCAUACAUGGAGCAUAUAGAUACUGGAGUUAAUUAUCCGAUUUUAUUCAGUUAAACACACUAACAUUAAGAAUCUAGUAUAGAAAUUGUAAAAUUGAAAUUGUUUUACUUUUCUUUAUUAUCAUUUUGAGAAAAAGGAAAACAUUGUACAUUUUGAUGAUGUGGUGAGAACUUUAAUAUAAAGACAGUGCAGAGAAGAAAUAUAGAUAUUGUUAAUUUAAAGGUGUUGUUUGCUGGAAGUUAACUGUACUGUUUAGAUAACUUAUUUUAAGUGCUGAUUGAACGUAAAAGAAGGUUGUUUUUGCGGACAUGGAAGGUAAAUUAAUUAAACUGCUGAUAGUGCUAGGUAUAUGUUUUCUGUCAAAUGUGAAAAACAGCUCCUGUGUUGAGGAUGAUUCAGCAGUUUUAGUGUGUCCUGAACAGUGUACCUGCUCUAAAAAUUUUGUAACAAUUCAUUGCAAGAACAGUUUCAAAAUAGAAGGACAUGACUUAUCAAGCAUAACCAAAGAAUUCUAUUUAACUAGGAAUUUUAUAAGUCCAAUUUUAAACCACACAUUUAAACAUUUGACUUCCUUGGAAAUAAUUGAUGUAUCCUAUAGUUUGGUGAACUAUCUUCAGAGUGGGGCAUUUGCUGGGCUUACAAAGUUGAAAACACUUAACCUUCAGGGUAACAUGAUUCAGUUGCUGGAUGAAUACCUCUUCAAGGAUAAUCUUCAGCUCGAAGUUCUCGAUCUAAGUCACAAUUUACUGCAUUACUUACAGGACGAACCUUUUAGAUUUCUUCCGAAUUUAAAAAUGCUGAAUAUCAGUUUUAACAAAUUGUCGUCUGCUAAAUUAGGAAUGAGAUUUCAGGUGCCAACUAGGCUUAACGUUAUUGAUUUUACUGGAAAUGACAUCGAAAACGUAACAGCAGACGACUUUGCUACAACCAGACGAUGGGAAUCUAUACCAAAGUAUUUAAAUUUUUCCAACUGCAAUCUGAAAGUCAUCGAAGCAGACGCCAUUAAGAGUAUGAAAAAUUUGGAAUUUCUUGGACUAGCUAAUAACAAGGAUUUGAUAAUUAAAAAUAUUUCACUGUAUUUAGAUGUGCUUAGUGAGGUGACAUUGAAGAAGCUUGAUUUAUCCAACACCGAUAUUUCUACUAAAAUAAACGUAACCGACUUGACAUCUGAAAAUCUGGGAACAUUAUCUUUGCAUGAACUUUCCUUGUCUAGAAAUAAUUUGAAUGAAAUUGACAAUAUUUUAUUAUCUUAUCUGACACUAAGAAAAUUAGAUGUUAGUCAUAACAAUUUGAUUGAAUUAGGGGAAGGUAUCGCAAAACUCACCCAUCUAACGCAGCUUGACUUGUCACAUAAUAAAAUACAUACUGUACAUGAAUUAUUUAAGGAAAAUCUCGGAAAAUUGCAAAUUCUUAAACUGUCCAAUAAUAAUCUAACAAAUGAAAGUGGACUUGAUCUGUCAAAAGGAGUUAAACUAACUGAUGUUGAUUUGAGCGAAAAUUUCUUAGAAACUUUUACUGUACCAUCACAGCUGACUAAUGUUGAAAUAUUGAAGCUUUCGCGUAAUAAAAUUCACAGUUUAAAUGGAGGUGAACCACUUCUUGGUCUGAAUAAACUGAAAACAUUGGAUAUGAGUGACAACAAAAUGACUGAACUACAUAACUUCAUGUUUAGAGAUUCAAGAAAUAUACAAUUUGCUUUGUUUGCUCGAAAUGAUUUAUCAAGUGUUAGUCAUCAAGCAUUUAUUCCAAACUCGCCAGCAGUGAUAGAUUUAUCUGAAAAUCUUCUCGAAAAGAUUCACCAUUUUGGAUGGAACCAUCUUUCAGAGAUUAUACUGAGAGGAAACAAAAUUUCUGAAAUAGAGCCACAAUCAUUCUUCUUCUUGAACUCUUUAGAAAAAUUGGACUUAAGUGGAAACAAUUUAUCACAAUUAGAUGAAGCAGUAUUUUCUCACUUGACUAAUCUGACUACUUUAUAUCUACACCAGAACAAUUUGAAUGAGUUGGUUCCCAUACCAGAUCUACUAGCUCCUCUUCAAAGUCUCCAUUUAGUUGAUCUCAGUAGCAACAACUUCUCCUCUUUUGCUUUCAAGCCAUUGCCAUUUUUAAAUAACUUUGAUUUGAGGGAAAUUUUGAUCUCGUCAAAUAGGAUUCGAGAGUUGUCACCGCAUGUAUUUUCAACAGUUAGUAGUCUUAAAUCUGUUGAUUUUUCAUUUAAUCCUUUUCACUGCAGCUGUGAAAAUGUCCCGUUACAAGAAUGGGCGUUGAAAACUUUAGUUGAUAUUAAACAUCGUGAUAAUUAUGGAUAUGUUUGUCGUUCUCCUAACACAAGAGGCACCAGCACGUUAUUGAACUUUGAAACACGAACAUUUGAAUGCAGCCGCUACCUAUUUUAUAUUGUUGUGUUCUGUUCAUCAGGAGCAGCUUGUAUGUUGAUAGCAGUUGCCAUAGCAACCAUUUGUUACUUAUAUAAGAAAAGAAAGAGGGGUGGUGUUGAUAUUGAAAAGAAUGCUGAAGAGAUAGACUUGAUAAGCUAUGAAAAAUUAAACAAAUCGGACGUAGAUGCAGUUACACCAGAAGAAUAUGUGAAAAAUAUUCGAGACAACUACCUCAAAGGCUCGCCAUCAGACACACUUAUAGACGUUCAAUUUGAAAAUCCAAAUCUAUUAAUAGAUGCUAGAGAUAAUGAAAAGCUCAUUAGCAAAAAGCAGCCAUUAAAGUCGAAAAAAGAGAAAAACAAACCCCGUGCUUCUAAAACUAAAAAUGGUCAUCAUAAACUGACAGAUGAGAAGAAACUGAAAUAUUAUGCUCAGUUGUAUGAUAUAUUACAUGAAAGUAAAGAGAAUAAUGGCAAACAUCAUAAAAGACCAGAUAAACAAAACAUAAAGAAAGUAAUUGAGGCUCUUGAGAAGGAAUACAAGAAAAGAAAUGAAAAAGACGAUUUAAAGAAAAUGUUGAUUGCUAUGGAUAAAGAAUAUAAAAAAAUUAAGGAUAAGAAGGCACAUGCAAAAGGAAGAGCUCAUAGUAAGGAACGGCACCGUAGACCUCGUGGAAAUAAAGAUCUUGUUAGAAUGGUUUCAUUGAGGCAGUCAAAAAGUAUGCCAGAUGUUCUGAACUAUGUGAGUAGUUUGCCCAGACAGAGGUUGUACCGGAAUGAUUAUGCCUAUUCACAGAUUCCUAUAUAUCAUAUUGACCAUGCAGACAAGGUCCAUCAUGGCUGGGCAAGAAGUAUGGUAGAUAUCCCGAGAGGUCAAAGGUUAUCCAGUGGGCUCUUAGAGGAGAGAGGUAUGAUGAAAAGGAGACGACCGUCGUAUGAAAGGCUUAUUGAUGAUGUUGACAGGAUUCCCCAUGGUUAUCAUACUGUGUCGUCAGGGCGACGGGCAAUUAUGGUAGAUAGCAGAUUGUUUGGAAGGUCAAAAAGUUCAGAUCGGGUAGGUCACUUAAGUCGGGAAAGGUUGCUGGAUGAGGAAGUAGAGCCAGAUUUACAUCGUGCUAGUAUAGAAGAUACUGGUACAACCAGGAGAACAAGAAAUGCACAUAGACCUGAGCACCGACCUAGAAGGCAGACCUUGGCAUCAGGGGAUAUGGUCAGAGAACCCCGUGGAUAUCACACCAUUGCUUCUGUGCAUGGUACAGCUGUAGCUGACGAUGAGGCUUAUAGAAGACCCUCGGGACAUUUAACAAAAUCUAAAUCCUCCAAAAGUGACAGUCAAUUAAGCCCAUGGGUAUAGCUAUUUGUUGACAAUCGGGUUGCUAAGAAAAAGGAAAUUUCAUUUUAAACUAGAACAGUUUUAGUAAUUUGAAGUUUUAUGUAUUUGGCAUUAUGAUAAAAAAUAGAUAUGUUCUUUAAAAAUUUUGUAUUAAAAAAAAUUUCUUUAACAAAGAUAAAAAAGUGUUUAAAUCUGAAAAAUGUAAACAAAGAAAUUUUGAAUUUUAAAUAUUUCUGCAUUUUAAUUAAAUCUGUUCCAAUCAAACUUUUGUAUAUAUUUAUAUCUUAAUCAGUUGUAAUUGUUAUUAUGUCUGGCACAGCGCUAUCCUUAUAUAUCACGUUUUACAUAAAUCAUAUUUUCUUUCAUGUAUUUAUAUUAUUGCUAAAAUAUAUCGUUAACAAAAACUUGAAGCAUUCAUCAUUUAUCAUUCAUUUUACAGAUACAUUGUUUUUUUUAUGUUGCUACAUUUCGCAUCUAAUUACCUCAUAUGUAUGUACAUGUAUAUGAUGAAGCAUUAUAUAAGUAUUCUAAUGAAGUUAUAUGAUAAAACAAUUUAUUAUAUACUUAUAAAUGAAAUAUUGAGAAAUGUUGAUGAAAUAACAUACUUAUUUUCAUUUUCCAUAUUUCACUGUAAAAAUUUAUUUUUCUCUGCAAUGAAAAAUAUCUUCCUUAUUUUCACUGGUGUCUUGCCGGACUACUUUCCUCUAAAUUAGGCCAAAACACAAAAUCUUAAGAUUGCAAUAUCAGAAAAAGAAAAAUGUAUAAAAUAAACAGAAAAUUCAAGUUUUUUCUAUCAAUACAGGAUUUAUUUUCAUCUUUUGGUAUGAAAAUUAUCAUAUUUCACUCAAGGCUACCGCCACUCAUGAAAUAUUUAUUUUCGCACCACGCGAUGAAAAUAAAUCUUGUAUUUAUAGAAAAAACUUGAAUAUCCUCUAUGUACCUUUUUUUGUAAAUGUAAAUAAUAUAAAUUUAAAGUAUUUUUGGUUAAAAAAAAAUAUAACCAGUACAAAAUAAAUGCAUAAUUAUUUCUGUUAAGAAUUUCAAAUGAACUUU